UAUGAAUACUCGCAACAACAACCGUAAUCGUCAACCAUCCACGCAGCCUUUUCCACCCCGACAGCACCAGGCCCCUCCGGCCAUGGACCUCACUCAGCUUAUCGUUCAGUUUCAGCGCAUGAAUGCGCCCACUUUCACGGGGACGGAGAACCCCACAGCAGUGCUUGAGUGGAUGAAGGAGCUGGACAAAAUCUUUGUCGUACUCCCCCUCCCCGACCGUCAGCGCGUGUCUCUUGCGGCAUAUCAGAUGAAGGAAGAUGCCUCAGACUGGUGGAUUGAGCUUUGGGCCCGGAAGCCCGAGGUGGAGCUUCAUGCUCUCACUUGGGAGCAAAUGAAGAUGAUGGUGCGUAACAAGUUCCUCCCUCAGAGCUUUUGGGACAGAAUGGAGCACGAAUUCUAUCACUUGCAACAAGGUAGCACUUCGGUGGAUGAGUACAUCCGCACUUUCACCCGUAUGUGCCUUUUUGCGGGUGAUGCGGUGAACACCGAUGCUAAGAAGGCCCAGAAAUUUCUCAAGGGUCUCAACCAGAGGAUCCGUGAGUUGGUGGGAAGUCAUGGACCGAUGUCCUAUGCUGAUACCGUGAGCCGAGCUCAGGAG